AUGCUGGCUCUUCGAGACCAGGAGAACCUGGUAAACACUCACCAGACUGCCGCGGCCGCGAAGCCCUUGAACCAGAACUUGAAGUUUGCACCCAAGACACCCGGAAAGCGAAACGAUGAGAACAACCCGCUCGCAUUUGGAGGCCGCACCGUCAAAGGCAAUGGAAAUCGCCAGGAGAAUGGAAAACCGGGGAAAGACGCGUUUAUUACGCCAAUGGUGAAAGAUCGCGCUCCAUUGGGUAUGAAAACGAACAACCCCAAAGCCAAGAAUCUCCAGACGCCUGCUCCCUUCGGAGGAACCAUCAAGACGAACCGAAGACAAUCAACUGCGCAGAAACUUAAGAAAGCCGCUCCAGUUACACAACAACCACAACUCAAGGUCCAUACUGAUGCUGUGGUGGACGAGGUCCCUGAUAUUGAAUAUAUGCCACCCAAACCUAAAGAUCUCCCAGAUCUCCCAGACGACGUGACAUAUGACACUACUUUCCCCCAGUUCCAGCCGAGGAACCGAGCACUGGGCCUCGAGAGUGUCUACGGGAAGCAACAGGUUGGAAGCGAUGGACUCACGGCGAAACAGCGCAAGUUCAACGAGGACUCUGCCGCAUGCGAUAAAAUGGUGGACGAAAUGAUAUUGAAACAACUGGAAGAUGUUGGAUUCGAGGGCACCGAUGAGCGCAAGACCGCCAGGACACGCAAACCGCAGGCCUUGCCCUUGAAAGGACCUACCGCUAUUCGACAAACUCGUAGCGUCUCCACGCUUCGAUCCCGUGAGGCCGCCGCGGCCCUUUCAGGGUCUCAUUCGACCACAGCCCCGCGAACAACACCGGCCCCCAAGCCCAGAGUGACAUCAUUAGCGUCAUCUGCAUCGUCGCUAAUCAUGCCCAAGAAACACGCCAGAGUCCCGUCGAACCCCUCCUCCAUGCGCAACACUGCUGCUGCUGUCACCUCACGCACAACAGUUGGUUACUCGAAAGGACGCAGUGUGUCAUCUGAUCUACGAGACCAAACUCAGGCUACAAAGCCUUCGACCUCCCAAGCGUUGUCCCCCGAGACUUACAUGCAGCUUUAUGGGGCCCCUCCGCUGGACUCGGAGAUGUGGACCCGCUGCAAUGCUGCAGGGUGCUUUGAUACAGAGCAGGAUACCAAGGAGCCAGAGGAGCUGCUACCAACUUUCGAGGAAGACGAAGAGGCGGAUAGCUUUCAGCUCACGCUGUGA